GACAUUGAGACAUUCUAUAAUGCGACAUUUGCUACCAAUAUGAAAAAGAUUUUUCAUUAAAAGUUAACUAUUAACUAUCUUAACUAUCAUCAAAUACAACGAAUAACCAACCAUGAUUAGAUCAUUAUUACAACCUAUGAGGUCUAUGUUGGUAUCACCAAUGGUGAAGACCCAACCUAUAACAUCAUACAUGCAAUCCAUUCGUUCCAAUAUUCCAUCCACGACUCAAUUAACUUGUAAUCUUAUGAAUCAACAAAAGAGAUAUGCUACUUUAAAUCAACUUAAAUAUGGUAAACAAGGUCAACCAAUAAAACCAUUCCAAAGUAGAGCUCCAGAUUUGGAAAACUCACCUUUUAGAAAAGGAGUUGUGUUAAGAGUUAUGAUUCUUAAACCAAAGAAACCCAAUUCAGCUUUAAGAAAAUGUUGUAGAGUUAGAUUAACUAAUGGUAAUGUGGUAUCAGCUUUAAUUCCAGGUGAAGGUCAUAAUUUACAAGAACAUCAUUUGGUAUUGGUGAGAGGGGGAAGAGUUCAAGAUGUUCCUGGGGUCAAAUAUCAUUUGGUUAGAGGAGCUUAUGAUCUUGCUGGUGUAGUUAAUAGAGGAACUUCAAGAUCAAAAUAUGGUGUUAAAAAGCCAAAACAAUAGUCAUAUAGAUUCAAUAACGUUCAUGUACAUAGCGUAUAAAUAAUGA